CAUAACACGGAAGCAGUCUGCAGAGCGAGCAGAGGCGCAGACAGGCAGCGGCUGAACACAGGCCAGAAUAACAUUAAAUAACAUCUCACACACAUACACAGGUGUACACAGGUGCACAGAGGGACCCUGCACACACACACCCCCAUCAUGGCGCUGAUCCCCUCGCAGGUGCUCCGGAUCGCCAUCCUCCUCUCCUACUUCUCCAUCCUCUGCCACUACAAAGCGCUGGACAUGCCGGCGCACCAGACCUAUGGAGGCAGCUGGAAGUUCCUCACCUUCAUCGACCUG